GGGACGUUGUUUUAUUAGAGGCGAGAAAAUAUUACUUCGAAUCUUGAAGGGAAACAACUUCAUUUAGGGAUUUGGCGAGCUUUGCUCUUCCACCUUGCAUGCGGAACCUACGUCUGGUCUAGGAUUUAAAUCGCGUAGUGUCAAACACGAAUUUCCAGCGCAAUAGCAGUGCACAAGAACUCAAGGAACUACAAGCUGUACGAGUCGCACAGCUCCUACAUCUCAUCACGCAGACUGUUUUUGUAUGAAAUAGUGAUUAUAGAUAGCGACCUCUUCUACUUCUUGAUACUUCCCCACAUUGCCUAACCCAGCGGAAAGUCUAUGACUAAUUCUCCGGCUUCUGGUCGCGAUCGGAAGCUGUGUCCCACGAUCUGCCCCAGCAGAGGUUCCGCAAGCAGUUGCUCCCCAGCGAAAAAAGCAACUACAUCCCCGCCAAUUCGCGCUUCGCCCAAGCCGCAGAAAGACCACAACGACAGCACCAUGGCCGCAGUUGACAGCACGGAAGAGGACCUGCGGGAGAAGCAGGAGUCGGCCCUGCGCGAGAACAUCCGCACCAAGGGCACGAACGCCUACUACUACGCGCACAACCGAAAGUUCGAGGUGCCGGCCGAUGCGAUCAUCCGGUCCGGGCCGGGUAUCAUAACGGGGGGUGCACCAGUGCCGCUCGACAAACCCGACUUUGACUGCUCGCUUACUACCGUGGACGGCGGGAGUACUAGACUGCCCAAGGUCCCCCCAGGCAGUGUGAAGGUGGACAAGUACCUCUUGGUGGACGAGAACGAGAAGAUCCAGGUCAUCGUCGACUUCAACGAGAUCCUGAAGAGCGAGGCCGCGAGACAAAAUUUGUCGCUGGACAGCGUGGAGUUCGAAAUGAGCAACGAGAGUUCCUUCACCCUCGUCUGCUUCACCUCGGACAAGCUGGACGAAACGGGAAAGCAGACCGCGUACGCACUGACCUGCGACAAUUUGAAGCACGACGUGGUGGCGGAAAAGUGCAAACACCGGGUAAACAAGGACAAGAAAAAGGUCACGGUCAACCUGGUCAAACAAAUCGCACAAAAGUGGGGACAGUUGAGCAGCACCGGAAAGUAGUAGUGUGUGGAGAGCAGGGAAGAUGAUGGUGUCGUGGAGGGUUUAUUGGUACAUAGUUUGUAUACUUGUUUCCGGCGCUACGGGAGCAAAAUGUGGAAUCCUGAAAUGUACUUACGCACACCCUCCGAUCUUCUCCGAGAAGUGUGUCGUCGCGCUCGUCGCGCGGCGCAUAUGUCAGAAGAUCGAGAUUCUAUUACGAGUACGUCUGUGCUAGUAGUAGUUCCACAGGAACAUCUCAUUUUGAAAUGCAGAUGAUGUACGUUCUGGCUUUAUGGCUCACAAAAACCUUGGCUACUUCGCAAAUGCAACUUCUCAACAUUUUCCGGCAGAACGAAAUGCAUGCGCGCUUUUCACCCAAAAUUUAUGAUUGAAAUUCUUCUCGACAAUUUCAAUUUGACCAGAAUACAU